UUAACUAGCUGGCAACGCCGAAUUCCCCAGACCCACGGAAACCCCUCUGCCCACCUGGCAACACCGCGCGGACGCCUCGUAGCGUCGUCGGAAGUAGGACGCAGCAGCAGCAGCAGCGGCCAAGAGCGAAGCUCGUCCGAGCCACCGCCGCAUGCCAGGCCUACUUUUCAUUCACACAAUAACCAGGAAACCCGCACUCCCGCCUGCUAGAUUGAUCUUAUCCAUCGACGUCCCGAGAGGUAAACAAACGACGGUGCCAUGGCUGUCGCGAUGUGCGGUGAAAAGGUCGACGACUGAGAGAGGCUAGUUCUAGUUAGUGGGUUAGUUGUGCGGUCAUCAACUAUCAGUGAUGUAGUCAUACUACAGAGCACCAACUCAUUUUCGCAAUAUUAUGAGUGAGUUGCAAUCGACCAUUGAGUUUUCGAUAGAGUUGUUCAAAUUCUACAAUGUUGACUUAUUUCAAAGGGGUAUGUACCAAGUUCGUUGUUCUCUGCGGGUAUCAUCAAAAAUGAGUAUCGAAAUCGAAGUCACGACGCCAGAGGUCACCACCGGCUUAGGAACUGCGAUUGUUUUGGGAAAUUAUGGUGCCUGUCGGCCAUUUCAGAUACUUUACAGGAACGAAGAGGUCAUCCUCAAAGAUGUCGUCCUAUUCAGAUGUCACAUGUUGGUGGACGGUAGCCACUUGCGCGAAUCCCUCGACCGAGCGGAAUUCUCCCUGGUGGUCGAACUGUGGUUCGCCGACACGACCAAUCCCGUCGCGAUGACGAUGGCGUCGGCGCGCACGCUUCAACUCAACGUCUCGCCGAUAGAUGGCCUGCACUACCAUCUGCCAGUGCUGUUCGACUACUUCCAUCUGUCGGCCGUUUCUUUAACCGUGCACGCGCAGCUCACCGCCCUACAUCAACCGUCGAUCAAAAAGGGGCUACUUCGCUACAUGCAAAGUUGUGCCCCGAAAAGUUCGAAAUCUUGGAGCAAAACCAAAUCGGCCCAAUGUUCUUCUCUAACUGAUACCGUCCUACCAGUGAGUACCAAUAAGAUUUAUAGCAGACUAGACGAAUCGCCGCAAGUACACUUAGAGGCCUACAAAGUUCUUCUGGACUCGAGCAAUAACCUCAAAUCGACCAUUAGGCAAUACAAGAAGCUGAUGCAAGAGAGAGAAGAGUCCGUCUCCGAAAAUUACGAUACUCUCAUCGUCAAACAUAACGAAUAUGACAGCACGAAGCUGAUGAAGAAACGGCCUUACAAACAAAACUCCGAGCUCGCUGAUGUCUGCGCGGAGAACAUAAAGCUGUGGAAUUACUUUUUGCUGACGUUCAGUUGCAAAAUAGCCAUCCAGCAACACCUCAGCCGGAAACACCAUGACUUGAGAGUCAGGAGAUUCGCUGAGCUGUUUUUUCUGAUCUACAAUCCUCGGAAAAUGGCGUACGGCUGUUCCGACACCAACUAUCAAAAUUAUCUUGUCAUAGCUGAAGUUGCCAGAAGAUCAAAAUAUAUGCAGAUGUUACCCCCACUACCUGUCCACUGUACUGCCCUAGAUGGUGAAAGUGCCACUAUGCCUGUGAUUUUUGAAGACCAUUAUCAAGAUCCUUUCGAAUUCGCAUCAGAGCACUCCAACAAGGAUAUCAAUUUGAAGUUAAAACGAGAUAUAGACUUAUGGGCGAAACCAACCAAAACCAUCGACCUGGACGAGACCUGUUCCUGCGGGAUCGGAAAACUCUGGGAAACCGGCAGGAAAACCUGCGAAACCAUUUCUACACACGACCCCGACUCCUACGAAAAAACGGAUCAAAGAAAAUUCACCAUUCCUAGCAGGCACAGCAAAUCGCUGGAUCAGCUGCAAACAUUUUCCAACGACACUUUGCACCAUUCCUUGAGCAACAUAAGAGCCAGAGGCGGGAAAGCUAAAGAAAAACCGACGGUCUACGAGAAAAACGGCACGCUGAAGAACGUCAAAAGCGAUCACAACAUCGGAAACGCAAAACACUUCGACAGGGGCGACAAAAAAUAUGCUUCGACGAGCAAGUGCAGUUGUCCUUCAAAAUAUCCAAUCAAAUCGAUGAAAAGUGCGAGGAAUGGUGUCACCGAACAAGAAACCAUCGAGAGGGCUCCGAUUGUUCAGCAAAAAUAUCAGACGAUGAUGGUGGUGAAGUCGGUGAGCCACGCUGCUUCUGGCAGUUCCACAGAUAUUUUCAGGUCGAAAUCGGAACAGGGAUUCAUACAAAACGGGUUCGAUUCGGUGGUGAUGCGGAAGAAUCGGACCAAUGGGCAUAAAGAAUCGAUCGGGCGAAGGGAAUCGAGGAAAUAUACAGGGUCAAUUUCAAACGGCAAACGAUCAGAGUUCAGUUCUUUGAGCAGUUCAACGGAGAGCAUAUCUCUCAAAAAAUUCGAGACAGGGUCAAACGAUGGAGCCUUAUGUAGUCGUAGCAACGUGAGAAGGGUCCGCAGCACUCCAUGCCUGACAGAAGAGCGCUACCCCAUGAUAGUGUCUGGCACGGAAUCGUUGCCGAACAUAGUGGUAGCCAAGUUCGAAGAAAGACUGUAUCCGAAUUUGAAGUUUUAUUGUUCCUCCAGUUCUUCCACCACUGAACAAAGUGGAUGGUUGUCUUCGAAAAGUAGUUCUAUCGAAUCCGGUAUAGAUUUAAUCAACCCGACGAGAGGUGCCAUAAUGAACAUCGAAAUCGUCCAGAAAAAGCUGUACACCAAUUCAGAUGGCAAGAAGAGCAAGAGCAAAAGAGAUCGAGCAACAAAAGUAUCAAAGAAAAAAUCAAAUAAGCGUAUUGUAGGUAGCGAUAGUUCGAAUAACGGCACUAGCAUAUUAUAUCAAAAACAACAGGGACUUUCUUCUUUCAUCAAAGGCUGUGAAUUUAAUCAAAGUAGCGUAUGCGAGGAGUUCGCACUACCCCCGCCCAAACAGUUCAGGGACCUGGAAUUGGAGGAGUCUCCCUCCAGUUCUGCGACCAACGACGAGGAGGAGGAGGAGGAGGGGGGAGAGGAGGAAAUCAACGCGGUGGACAACCUCUUGUACCACGUGGUCGACACCAGGACCAUGCUCGAGCGAGAGCCUAGGAGAGAUCAGAAAUCAACGAACCGGACUGAAGAACACGAUAAUCGUAAAACCGACGCCGACGAUCUCGCCACCUUUCUCAAAGCCAAAAAGCAAUUCAAAAGCCAAUUGAACUUCCACGGCCUGCUCUACUCGGACAUGGACAGAUUCGCGUCGACGGUGCCAUAUUUCCACAUCAGCGACGAAUUCCGGAUAUUCUCGCCCGAAGGCAUGCACCUGGUGGUGUGUGUGCACGGCCUGGACGGCAACAGCGCCGACUUACGUCUGGUCAAGACCUAUCUCGAGUUGGGCCUGCCAGGGGCGUAUCUCGAUUUCCUCAUGUCGGAGCGGAAUCAAGGCGACACGUUCAGCGACUUCGAAACUAUGACUGAUCGGUUGAUCAGCGAAAUACUGCACUAUUUGGAUAUCAGCAGCAUAAGACCUACUAGGAUCAGCUUCGUCGGACACUCGCUAGGCAACAUCAUAAUCAGAUCUGCCUUGACAAGGCCCCAAAUGAAAUUUUUGCUGCCGAGACUGCACACAUUCCUAUCGCUAUCAGGGCCGCACUUAGGGACGCUCUACAACAGCAGCGGAUUGGUCAACAUGGGUAUGUGGUUUAUGCAGAAAUGGAAAAAAUCUGGUUCGCUUCUGCAAUUGUGUAUGAAAGAUUCUGUGGAUGCCAGGCAGUCUUUUUUGUAUCGACUCAGUCAACGGAGCACCUUACACCAUUUCAAAAAUAUCUUGCUCUGUGGUUCGGGCCAAGAUAGAUACGUCCCUUUGCACUCGGCCAGGAUCGAGCUGUGCCGCGACUCGCUCAAAGACACCACCGAGCAGGGCGCCGUCUACCGCGAGAUGGCGCGCAACAUCCUCGCGCCGAUAGUGGGGCGCGCAAGCGGCGGCCGCCCGAACCUCGUCCGCUACGACGUGCAUCACGCGCUGCCCAACACGGCGAAUGCCCUUAUCGGGAGGGCCCGCCCAUAUCGCGGUGCUCGACUCGGAGCUGUUCAUCGAGAAGUUCAUGGUCGUCGUCGGCAUCAAGUAUUUUCGUUAGAGCGUGCUGUCGUGUGAUCGUUAUUAUCGUUCCUUUCUUUUUCUAAAUAAAAGUCUAUCGUCGAAUA